GGCCCAGGAAUCCCCGGUGGCUCUGUUCGUUUUCUGGCUCUGACGGCUCUAAUGUCUUAACGUCGAUUCAAACUGCUUUAAUUUUAGGGAGUCAGUGGCCGCUCGUGUCGGCAGAGUCGUUCCUCGUCUGGUGAAAGUCUGAAGGAUAAUCUGACCGGGGUAUUAACUCUGUACUUGUCAAAGCCAAGGGGAUCUAAACGCAAAUACGAGGCCCACACUCCAUCCCCGGAUUCACCUGCUACGCGGAGAGGCUCACACGGAAGACCGACAUGGGGGACACGGGGAGCGAGGGCAGCAAGCCACCGAGUAACGUUAACGUUAUACCCCCGCGCUGCCCGUGUGGAUUCUGGGGGUCCAGCAAAACUAUGAAUCUUUGCUCAAAGUGUUUUGCAGACAUUCAGAAGAAACAGCCAGACAAUGAUUGUGCCCCAAAGGCCUCCUCAAGCUCCAGCAGCAGCAGCCAAGCAGACAUCUUCUGUAAUGAAACGAACAGCAGCAUUAGUCAGUCCCUGAUGUCGGUGCCUAAUGCAUCAGAGGACCCUUCACCAGGGGAGACUGGAGUGACAUCUCUACCUGCUCAGGACGAAGUAUCCAGCACAGACACUGUCUUCGGUUCACUCUCCACUCCCACAAAACGCUCCUUUGAGUCAGCCUCGGAGUCAGAAAGCGAUGUUUCACCCGAGAAGCGAGCAAGAGUGGGUGUGGUGCCAGAGAGUGAGGAGUCUUCAUCAUCGUCGUCAUCUUUGUCUGCAGCAUCAUCAUCAUCAUCAUCCUCGUCUCGCAGUGGCUCUAAACAGCGGAGCCGCAAACGUUGCCAUCGCUGCCAAACCAAACUGGAGCUGGUACAACAAGAGCUGGGUUCCUGUCGCUGUGGUUAUGUCUUCUGUAUGCUCCAUCGGCUCCCAGAGCAACAUGAGUGUCUGUUUGACCACCUGGGCCGCGGCCGUCAGGAGGCUGUCCUAAAGAUGGUCAAGCUCGACCGAAAGGUGGGUCGCUCUUGCCAGCGUAUCGGGGAGGAGUGCUCCUGAAGCAUCUCGGUGAUCAGAUGGUGUCUUAGCACUAACAGGGAUUUGAUUUUUCUUUUUUUCUUUUUUUCAUCUCAUUUUGUUUUUCAAGAUUUCUGCAGGUUUUUUGGAUACAAACCUCCUCUUUUUUCUUUUAAAUUAUGCUCGCUCUUUUUAAAUCCCACUGUUACCCAUAUCCCGGUUGUUUUCAGCUUCCGUUGGCUUGAUCAUAUCCCUCCUGCUAAGAUACCUUUUUGAAAAUCUGUACCCAGGAAUGAAAGAACAGUAAAGAGCAAAGGAAAUAUAGAGUUUCUUCACAUUUUUUUUGCAAGCUCCUGACUACACAAGUGUGAGUGAAGAAUGAAUAAGAGAAUGAAGGAUGAAGGGGAAAUACAAAUGUUUGUCCUGGAAGCCAGUUUAAGACUAUACUCUUUACCUCACAAAAAGAAAAGAAAAAAGAAAAAAAAACAACAAAGAAUGACAAGGAGGAGGGGAAAGGGAUGAUUACCCUUUGUGUACACUUUUGCUUUGGCGCUGUUCAUAGACUGUGUUCUUUACCUCA